AUGCCCACAGUUGGCGGAAAUGCCUUCUUUGGCUACUUAAGUGUAGGACUCUACAGGUAAUCCGGAAGUGGGUGGUUCAAGGUCGACUCAGGGGAGUCGUUCCCUCUAACUGAAUUAUGAGCGUGCAUUGCAGACGUCUGUGAAGAUGCCUUUCCUGAUGCGUUUUCACUUAAAUCAGUCUCAGCGCUAUUUUUGCUACUUGCUUACCAUGAUCAUAUGACAGUCCAAUUCAUUGAGUAUGAAUUAACCUACAAACCAGCAUGUUGGUCUCCAAAUGCUGCUUAUCCUACGAUGGAGAGCCGACUUCAGUUAUCCGAACUUAGCUCAAAACUUAUAAUUAAAUAACUACUCACGGUUCCGAAUAACUUUCUAGGAGGACUUCUGAUACACGACAGAGAAGGCGAGCUAAGUCACCGAUUUGCGUGGGGAUCCUUGCAAAAGGCCAAACACGCAUACUUUAGUUUUAACAUGAAAACGUCAAAGGAGGUUUUCCAGGCUCUGGCGGCAGUAAAAGUUAAUCAGUUUCCCAUGUAACCGAAAGACAGUGAAUCGAUUGAAGGUGGACCAUUAUUAGACAAAAAUAUAUAUGCAUACUAAACAGUUAUGUAAUUUGGGGACUUUCGAACAAAUUAAACUUGUUGUGAUUAAAAACACUUCCAUUAUGAGAAUAUUUUUGGAAGGUUUGGGGAAACGGACUUACUUGUAUUUGAACCUGUUAUCAUCACAGCUGUCAGCAAGCAGGCACUUCAGACGAUAAAAAGGAGAGUACUUAAGGAUCCAGCUCUCAAAAUAAUAUGCAAAUUAUUUGUCCAUAAGUAUCCACUUCUGAGUGAAAAGGAAAGUGGCACUAUGGAGUAGCAAACAAAUUAACACCUUCCCUCCUCCAGUUAGUGCAACAUCAAUUAAUGUUGCUUCGUCUUUCAUCCCCACCAUAUACAGUUGGUAAAGAGAACGAUGACCGUUUUAGGGAUGUAAAGACCAGUAACUAACCAAAGCAGUCUGCUCUGAGUUUAUCCUUCCUCCCUUAAAAAGGACGGUACCCGUGGUGCAAAGAGGCAAAACAUAUCCUAAAUCUAGGUUGGGCAAUGACCGGUGAAUAAGACAGACAGUAGGAAACGCACAAAACAGUCCCCACUUUUGAACGUUUUUGGAAUAAAUGUUCCAUACUCAGACUGCAAAGUCUUGUAUAAGUGCAAACAAAUGUUCGCUCAUUCGUACUGACUUUCGUCUGUUUGCCCCUGUCAUUUUUUACUUGCUCGUUGUGCAACCUGUUAGGCGGUUAUCCGUUUGUGCUUUCUAAACUCAGAAGAUAAAACUAGUUUAACGUGAGGUAGUUGUCAUUUUGACGUAUUCUCACUCCAUUGUUCAGAAAAGGCCUGUAUUAAAAUGCGUACGACUAUCAUGAGAGUACCUUCUUUUGUGAUUUGUUUACUGAAAAUUCAGCAGGCAUCGGAAGCAUCGAAGUUGUUAAACGAUACUUCUAUUUUAGACGAAUUCAGUGGACUUUAAAGUGCGCAUCCUCUUCCCGACAUGUGGCUGCGUAAGAACACCAUACCCAGAGAAUUCGCCUAGAGGAGCUUGUUUCUCCUACCCUCUCCGUAGACAUUUUAUGAACUCCUUACCAUUGAGACUCUUUCCCGACAUGUUUCUCUUGUUGUCCUCCAUUCUUUCAGUUUCCCUCACAAGACUAAUAACGUUUCGGAUGGAACCGUCUAGUUACUUUGUGAUGAAAUCUGACUGUAUUUUGACGCAAUGCCUUCCUUGAUAGACCUUUUGCAUUAACCAGUAUUCUCUACUUUAUAGAAAUGACCGGUACCUGGUGCAAGACUACUGCGCACGCAGUAAGAUCUAUGUUACAAUUGGCAGUCCUGUGGAUUUGAACGCCUGCAGCACCGCCGCAGCCAAAGCAAGCCAGUUAUCAGGUGCCGGCAACAACAACCAAACCGCAUCCCUUCCCUCCUCCACACCCAUUCCGCGGUCUUUAACCUUGGGUGCACAGAAUAAGCGCCUGAAGAGGCCUGGAGCAAACAGGGACGGGACAAUGGGGGUACGCCACCACACUGCUAGUCCGGAAGUGCCGGAUAUACUCUUUCAGAUGACCGCCUCAUCGUUAGUGGCGCCGGUUGCAGUAGAAGCAACUGAGCAACAGCAUACGGCGGUAUCUGCGGUCGCUGCUUCGACUUCCGCUGACACCAGCUGCGACGACAUUAGCGUUUGCCAAUCCCUCUCCGGAUCGCCGCCCCUUUCGCUCGGUUCGUCUCCCAAACCCGGUUCAGGCUUCCAUCUACGUCGUUCGGGAAGUAGUCUCAGCUCCAGGUCCAUGCCAGUGGGCGGGGGAGGACACAUUAAUCGAAACCUGCCACUCCUACUCUAUGUGUACCUUGCUGAAGGGCAAAAUGGGACCUGCAGUGAGCUCUGCUUCGCUCCGACCGAGAAGUAUGUAAUUCUACUCUUGUUCCUUUAAACAACAAAAGAUGACUUAGUACGGGAGUAAAAUAUUUUUUGCCAUUUCGAAAGCCACGGCGCCUCCAGACACAUCUUUGGUUUUGCCUCAUAAAAGACAUUAUCGAUUGCAGGCAAGUUGAAAUGGUGCCCGGACGCAGUUCCUCAAUGUUUCAGACGAAAUUAAACUCGCGAGAUGUGUUUAUGUCCCGAAAUGUUAGCCGAAAUUCUGAAAUGCGUUUACAAUGAGGAAGGAUUACUCAAGUGGGGUUGGGAAAUUGAUUAGCACGUGGCAUAAUUCUAGGGUAUGUCAGUCACGUCAGAAUGCCGACUUUCCAACGCACUUAUUCUCUGCCGCUUAACAAGCCACAAGAGAUAAAAAGUGACUUCUUAUGCAGUAUAAUUUUCUCCUUCGAUUUCCGAUAUCUGCAAAACCUCAAAUAUAUAUUAUAAAAAACAUUAUCAGAAAUAAUAUUUCCUAUAGUCAUGUGGUAGCAAAAUACGUUUCUUUGCAUUUUUAAUCGGAUAAAGGGUUUUUUGAUGUUAGAAUUUUUGCAAUUAUUGAACUAUAUAGGACCGUGAAAUGUCUUAUCUGACCGUUUUUUAGUGUUGAACAUAAAAUAGCAACAUAGUUCGCAUCCCUGUUAAAUUUUUAUGAUCCCUUUUUGAUAUCUUCCUAAUGGUACAGAGACAUGUACCAUUUUCCAUACAUGAAAGUAUGCAGCUUGUAGACUGUUUCAGAGUUGCGAAAAUCACCUUGUCAAUAUUUGGAAGACCAAUUGUCGAAUAGCCUCACCGACAAAGACAAAGGGGACUUGAAUGGCCAUUUCUGGAUUUUAAGCCGUCGCCAGCCACCGAUAUUCCCCUCUAACAUUGUUAAUGUACCCGAUUGCAACCGGUGGGACGGUGCGCUCGUGGCAUAAUGGCUAGAGCGUUGGGAUCCUAACCAAUAAGUCACGAGUUCGAGCCUCAUUGAUUCCACAACGCGGGGUUGGAUAUGUUUGAUUGGUGAGGACUAACAGGACAUUCCAGCCUCCCUUGUCGUUAUCCAUAGUGCAACUCGGCCUCUAUUACGCGCCGCUGUGCGGCUGCCGGCGGGGUUCUAGAGGGAGUUCCAAGGCACAACGGGUCAAUUGAGUUCCGCAACGCUAUUGGCACGCGUCCCCUUACCAUUACUAACUGGCGAGCAUACAUUUGCCUUCGAUAACUCCUCAUCAGGCCAGUACAAUUUUAUGAGGAUGGGGUCGAGCAAAACAUGUCGGUGGUUAGAGAAAUCGAGUGCAAUUCGUGUUUAAGCACAGGCUGACUGCGGGAACAUGGGGAGAGUCAUGACAGGGGGGUGAGAGCGGAAGGGUGUGGAGAGUUGUACGCGGUUAAUCGACCUUUGACUGCGGUAAGCGCGGGGGCUAAAUGAGGCUCUUCUGCGCUCACAAGACCGGCUUUCCUAACCUGAUGGCGGCCGCUUCGGCUCUUGCUAACAGACGCUGGCCUAGUAGCUUAAUGUAUCUCAAUGGUACCUUAUAAAUCAAACGAAAGACUUCCUUCGGAUCCACAUCAGUACAAGAAAUCAUAUUCUAUGCAUGUUUUCCAUAAGAAUUUCCGAAUUUAUAGUGAUAAAGGAAAUCAAUUAGUUAGUCAUUUUUUCCGAGUGCACUUUAUACAGGCGGAAGAGACGGAGUGUAUUCAGAAGGCGGACUUCUAGCGUGGCUGGAAUAUUUUGAGAUCAAGCCGCCCGAUGAUGAAUAUUACAACUCAACUUAAGUGGUCUUUCGUAAUUUGCUAUGCAUUUAGUAAUCUAAGUUAGCAUUUUAUGAGAUCAGCCACUACUGCUAGCAGUGGUAGUAUUGCCUAGGCUGGCUUGAAUUCAGGAAGGUUAAGCGCGCUCCGAUUGACCCCGGACCCAUCACGGACCCACAAGUCGUAUGGCUCUCAUACGUGCCGGCAUAGAGAAAGCAAUCAAUAAGCGGGACUUGUUGGGCAAAAGCUUUACCGGAUCCUAUUUCGAGUCUGUGGUCUGUGGUUGAGGCAUGACGGAUUGGCGUUAUUGAAAAAGACAAAAAUGUACAUUCUGGUCUUUAUUUUCAUGGCCAUACCAGAGAGGCAUUCUGUAUGCAACAUCUCAAAAAUCAUCUUAGAAACUGAUUGCUGUGAGAAAGUAGAAAGCUGCUAACCUCACGUUCACAGCCCUUGCUCCAUCGAAUGCGAUAUCGUAAUUCAGCAUGAGAUACAUGAGAAGUAAGCAAAUUUAAGUGACAUAACUCAUGAAAUGUCAUUAAAUUCCUAAGAAGGCCCGUGUUAUGCAGACGGCAUCCACCCAGUUCCCCCCCUCUCCAAACUGCGGCAGCCUUACAGAAGCGACCAUUUUCCAAAUUAAGAUAUAGUUUUGUUCGUAAAUUAGUAUUUGCCAACUGAAAGAUAGUUUUAAGCGACAAAUCGAAGCGCAAAAAACUUCUGCAUCUCAACCUUUGUUAAGUUCAGAAGUUACAGGCGUAGAGGUUCGCUGGUGUCUAGAGAUAGACUACUGUCACAAGCGGUAGCGGAAGAAUAUCUUUUCGAGCGGUUAACAGAAACAUAACCCUCUAAAAAUAUGUUAACUAUUCGGCAUCGACGGAUAGCUUUUUAGCAGAAGGCAUACUUCGCGUUUUUACAAACACUUGUCUGGCAAUAGCGUUCAUCGGUGAGCGCUGAACUGGCCUCUCGCAAAGUUGAAGACCAUCCAAAUCAUCAGAUGUCGACGGUUUCAUAAAGGUGCAAUCGGUACAACGUGUUUUUGUAAGAAGGUGUCCCCACAAAUGACCACCUGGUCACUUUCGCAAACUUGUCUGAAAUUGAGAUCUCAUUGCAAAAGUAGCUGCGCUUUCAGAAUGACUGUCAGUAACCAGUAUACCUCCUAAUAAGUAAACAGCGUUCCGCAGUGGGUUUCUUACUUAGCAGUGUGUCAUCGCUUUUCUGCAGUUAUAGGCAAAAAUGUUUCUAUGCUCUUUCCGAUUAUGCUCAGAGGCAGAACUGACGGGCAUUUGCUGUGAACAAUCUAGACGAGCACAUAACGACAUCAUUUUAGUGUUUGACCAAUACAGUUGCCGUCUUCUUUACGCGCGGAAACUUUUGUUCCGUUUCGCUCCUUCCUAGGCCCUGCCCCAUCCUUAAUAAGUCGUCACAGAGUGACUUUACUAAUGUUAAAAGUACUUGCUAACUUCUCAAGUAGCCAGCCCUUUUAUCCUGAUCUACGUACCCAUGCAAAGCCGACGGCAAACAGUCACCCAGACAACUUAAUUGCUCAGUCUGAUACAGACGUUCGUGAUAAUUCCUUGUGCAUCUGUUUGCGCCUUGUGCUUCUCCGUGUACUAAAUCAAAGUGGCUUCAACCAAACCUAUUAUUGCAACACCAUGCAUCUGCAUGCCAACAUUUGCGAAGCCAAAUCUGCUUUGCACUUUGUGAAAAAGAACAAUUUUAAUCUCUGGUCUCACUUACAGAAUUUACGAGAAGACGAAAUGCGUUGUUUCAUCUCCAGAAGGCAUUUAAUGAGAAUGUUUCCAGUGUGUGACAAUGACCCUUUACUAUUAAAGGACGUGGAGGCAGGCGGCCCAGUUCAACAACACUCAACAGCGUAGAAAAUGACCUGGAUAUAAGAAAAAUUGUUUCGGCCUAGUGUCCUGGUUUUAUGUAAUGAACUAGUUAUUAAAAUAAUUCCAUCCAACUAGAGGCCCUUAACGCCUCAAAUGAGUCUAAUGGGCAAAAAUAAAAACGGCAAUUUCAUUGCGUAAUACUAUUUCAAAUUAAGGUAACAACAAUUCGUGAUUUGCUCGCUUACUGGACGUUUCGUCCUUACGGAAGAGUUUGUUAUUGCCCGGAGAUUAUGCUUUCCUGCCCAAUACACCUAUUUCCCAUACUAAGUCAUGACAGCCUUCAAAACUGUUAAUAAUUACGACUGUGUCAAGUGCUGCGCAAACUCGAAAACACAAAAUCGCACGAAAAUAAUUGACUCCCUCUAACGUGCGCGGAUAUAUUUGGUGCUAAUCCGUCUAUGCAACAGUUGGCUGACGCGUGUUUUGUUUAUUUAUGGCGAAGAUCGCUUAUGUGCCCCCUGCGCAUGACGCGGAAAUAGGAACUCCCUGCAAUAUGUCGGUUCUGCUUUAAAUCCCAGGGAGAUUUAGAUAAGUCUUAAGGCUGCGGCCGGGGAUUAGUUCUAGGACCCUGGGGUACGUUACUUUCCCGGAAUAUAGCGGCAGGGCGCCGGUAGGAAUAAGUGGACACAUAACUGAUCAUCAUCACAUUCGGAUGGAUAAAAAGGCUCUGUUUUAUCAUGCGAUAGUUCGUUUCCUCCCCAUUAAAGCCAGAGCAUUUUAUUUAGGAGACAAAUUUUUACCCGAACUGUAGAUAGUAAUGACCUUUUCAAUGUUAAGAAUUUUCUCGACAGGGUAACUUUUGUCCACGUACACCUGCAGGUCUUACUGAAUUGGCUCCAAGGUUUGUUAACGUCAGCUAAGUUAUGAUCAGCAAACCUCGCAGUCUAAUGUGCGCUGGCAGUUCUCCGGUGUUGUUAGCACGGUAACUCAUUGCACAGUUCUCCGGUACUUGGUUCUCUGGCGGUAGAUGCGCUUACGCUCUCGCUGGGCACACAGGUUGUGUGCAUGACUGCCCAAUCAUCCACUUCCGUUCCGCUGUUGGUCGCAAUCCUGGUCAAGUAUUUGUUGUGGAACAGAGGAUGAGGAGUGGGUCGCCAAAGUAUGGGUUUGACCGCACUAUUCACCUGCGUCCUUGUCCCCUUCGGUUUUAUUAACUCUGUUUUGACACCGGGUCCAGGUAGGGAGGAGGGGUGAGCGCGGUAGAUGCUGCGGAAGUUCCCUCUCCCUAUAAACUAAUUCCCUCACAAGUCACCUUACCUGCUUCACCUUACUUUGGAGCACAUAGUGAACACCGUCGGAUGCGACGGCCGAUACAUCAUUGGCGAUUCCGUGGCCUGUGUUCUAAAUUUCAAAGCCAAAUCAUCUGUCGAUAAAAUUUCUUCGAUAUAGCAUGAACUGGAAGACCGGAUUUCGACAUAGUUGUUUUCGAUUCUAAAGGUUUUUUGUGCAACAGCCAACAGCACAUAUCUUAGCAUUGGAGGUUUUGAAAUGCUGCAGAAUUUCUGCAAAAUUCUAAACAUGUUUUAAAUUAUUUUAUGUGGGGCGCUACAGGCUAGCCAGAAGCAAAAUUGAAUUAACCGUUUCGCUGCCGGAUAGCGGACAUGGCAUCUAGAUUGAGAUAAAAUUUAUGCCUCUAUGUAUGUCUAAUUUCUGCUCAAAUAACGGAAGCAGAGAGGAAUCGGUCCGGUUAACUGGACGUUUUUAGUAUGACGCUUUCUUUUGAAUGGGAGUCAUAAAUCAGCUUGCUGGUGUGGCCAGAAUGUCAGCUAUUGUCUUUUCACCGCAUUCUUGAACCACAGGAGGGGCCGGAAAAUAUAAUCUGCGGAGUAGAUACUCACAAAAUAUGUAAUGGCCCUAUUUUUCACAGACUUCAAAGAUGAUCUGUAGUAUGAAUAAUCAGAUACAGUUUGAUAAGAGAUAACUAUAAGUCAUUAAAUUCCUCUAGUCAUAAAAAAAUUUUAUGGGACAGAUUUCGUGCCACUUUUGUUUCCCUACUUGCAGCUCGAUCGUUAGACCAUCGGGAUCACAGAUGUUGUUCGCGUGUGUUGGUGUUUUUACGGUGUUUAAUUCACUAGAUUACUAGUCAUCGUCACUAAAAUAACAUAUUCGCAGACCUACAUUUUAGUCUCACUGAACAGAUACGAUACUGAGAGCGAAGUCGAUAAAUUAAAAUUACUGGCACUGCAGAAUGCAUAAACUCCUUCGUACAACAGGGGAAUGUAUUGCUUUGUACCUGUCCACUGGUCUACUCUGUCUGUUUUGUCAGUUUUUGUUAGCUGCCAGCCCUAAAAAACUGAAUGGGACAUGUUAAGUUUACUCUAGGUCGAAAUUUUAUUGUCUAACUGAUGCUUACCAUAUUUCAGCCAUCUAUUUUCAAGUCGUAAAACGAGGAAAAAAGUGGCACAAAUUCGAUCCUCUAAAAUUCCUUCAUGUUUUUAGGAGUCCGCCACAGAAAUUAAUAGAAGUAGUCCCAUAACCUCCAAGAAAGGAUUACUAUGGGUUGAAUUAAGAGGUUACUUGCUGCAACUGAGAUUUGCAUAAUUCUAAGUACUUAUCGUUUUUUUAAUUACAAAGUUUCUUUAAAAAGAAAUUUGAAAUAUGAAGGAAAAUUGGCUAAUUCUACUUGAUAAUAACGAUAUAUUUUAUGCUUUUACUUUAUUUGGUAUUACGAAAUAAGCUUCCAAAGCAAUAGGACAACAUGGUUGCGAAAAAAGCAAAAAUCAGAACGACAUUACAAAUUUAUAAGCCUGAAUCUAAUCAAUUCCCUGUAAAUUCUGCACGGUUAACAGAAAACGUUUUUUGAUUGUCAUCUACCACCAUCAGUGGCUUGCAGGGAUGCUGUUCAUUUGUCAGUAACUAUGCGUUGAGUUGGCUAUCUCACCAGACGUUAGGUGAAAUCCUAGAGUGUGUUUCUGAUUAGAAAAAACUACCUAUGGGAAUUCGUAAUAUUAGUAAUCACGCAUCAUAAUUCAACAAUAUUCCGAUCACUUCACGAUAUCGGCUUUCAAACAAACCUCUUACCGGUCCUCUGAAAAAUUAAUGUCUAACAAAAAUCGACUGGUUACGUAAUAUGUAUUUUCCCAUCUAUUUUCGAUGUCUUAUAAAUUGAGGUAUAUUAUUCUUUGUUGAAUUCAUAUAGUAAAGAAUUAGUUUUUUCUCUGGAAUGGUUAUUCGAAAAAGGAUAUCUUCCGGUUUUAAAAAUGUCUCUCAAUUCUCUAAUAAUUCGGAGCGCAGAUGGCAGUUUUACUGGCGCUUAGGGUUUCGAAACUCCAUGCUGUAGACUUACCGUGGAAGGAAAAUCACACAUUGCCCAUGACAUCUAGAAGACGUUAUGUAGGGCUCAUUAGCAUAUUUUAAAAUCAGCAUCAAUAAACUUGCUCAUGCAAUGUUCCAUAUGCGGAUAUUUUACAAUUUAAAAAAUCGCAAAGCCAGAAACGCUUUAAAAUCAAAAGGCACCAUUUCUUCGCGAAAACUAUCGGAGAGACGCCAUUUUUCACAAAAUGCGUGCAAAAUAGUAGAUGAGUAAUCGUGGUUUCUAAACAAUAUGCCUGAAUGUAUACGACACCGAAAAUUAUUGAAAGAUUUUACACAACGUAAUUAGUAAUCUCUUACAGAGUGUAUUUUAUGCAGGCUGCCAGAAAGAAGAUCAUUCAAAAGCCGGAAUUCUGACAUGACUGAACGUUCUCUGGUUUAGAUUGCAUGGCAAUCAGUAUUCGAGUUCCACCUUUGAAAUCCUUUAGAAGCGAAACAGCAUUUUGGUAAAAAAAGACCGCUGAAGUAGCAUGCACUUUUUAUACUGAUUUUUGAUGGUCUUGCAAACUCAAAUAUAUUUUAUAGAAACCACAAACAAAGAAUAUGCCUUUUUUCAGUCAUUUGAUAGAGAGUCAUGUCAUCUUUAUAUUUUAUGUUCGACGAAGGAGUAUAAUUAGGCUUAAAAUGUCCAAUCAUGAGAUUUUUAAGACCGCGCAAAGUCCACUCAUAAAACAUCGUACCUGUUUGUUUACCACUUUUCCUCAUGAAAUUUACACCAUAGUCCGCAUCCAUUGCAAUAUUUUAUGGAGCCUAUAUAAUAUGUUUUUGAAGGCGUAGAAAAAUAUGUAAUUUUCUUCACGCGGAAAGCAUCCGUCGAAAUCACUAAGCGCUAAUGAAACGAAUGAUCAGGCCACAAAUUAUUCGGCGAUCAUAAAACAUUUUAAAACCUGAUUAUUCUCCUUCUUCGAAUAUAAAAUAUAAAGAUGACGUAAUUCCUAUCAAAUGACUAAAAAAGGCGUAUUUUCGUUCGUGGUUUCUAUAAAACAUAUUUAGAUUUGUAAGACCAUCGAAAAUCAAUGUGAAAAAUGCAUGCUUCUCAAGAUGUCAUUUUUGCACAGAGUACAGUUUUUGCAGGAGAUUGAUAAGCAGUGUAUUCAAAAGUUGACAUCCUUCCAAGUCUGGAAUAGUAUGGGAUUAUGCUGCAAAAUAAUCAGUAUUACAACGGCGCCUAAGUAAUCCUUUCUAACCAAAAACAAAUUUCCGAAUUUCAGCCAACAUUUCAUGAGAUAAAUCACUUACUGUAAUUUAACACCCUUCUAUGCACGUAGGCAAGCCUGCUUAACUAGGGAUUGGUAUCAACCUACCCGGGUAGUCGGUCUCCUCCACUUCUCCAUUACUCACCUGUACUAGACAACAGGGUUGUUUCCUUAGGCUUACAAUAUUUAUGAAGACGAGGGAUUUUUUCCGACAAAAGACUGCCAGGCUCCCAAGCUAGGUGGCAUGACGUACACAAAAACUAUUAGGUAAACAGAAGUGGGAAAUGUUCAUUAUUUUCUGUGCGUGUUAAAGCAGAGGGGGCUUCGAAAAGGACAGUGAUUCCGGACACCUAAAGACUUUCCGUACCACACAGCAUACAGCAAACUACAGCCAAAAACGUUACAUAGCCCUUGGAAUCUGUACCGCGAGCAAUCAUAUGCAAAAGUGGCUGAGAAGUUACUUUGCUCUAAGGGUGGAGUAAGAUAGGGAGAAACUAUUCUGCCAGUAUUUUUUGAAAACAGCCCAGUAAUUCUCACUGUUCUUGUUCCCUGCCUUACGUACUAGAACAAGUGCUGUUGCUUUUGCUUUUAAUUGGGGUUGAGAUAUAGCCCUAAAUGUAAAGGGCCGAGUUUUAAUGUUUAUAACUGGUGAAAUAAUAAUGCACUAUGUUCUGCGACUCUGAAGUGAGUCUUGGACAGCACAAGCGUCACCACAAAUAGCUAAUUAAAACUAUCUAGUCUGCCUCUUCCUUGGAAGAGGUUUUAGAAGGCUCAGUAAAUUUUGGGAAUUUUUAGACACUCCUGCCUUAGUGAUGAUGUCUUGGUACUUUUGGAAUUUUGACGUCAUCAAUUUUGAUUUACUUUUUAUAUAUGCGAGGAUUAUGGUGUGUAUUUGGUCAGCGGAAAGAAGACGGUUAGUUUCAUUGACGCAUUUGCUUCCUCAGAUAUGUUUUUUUGCUCUGUUGGCCUACAUUUUCACCCGGCAAGAUGUAUUUAACUUUAAAGGACUUCCAGUCGACAUUCUGACAGCAAAGGUAACUUGAUUUAGUCAAUCUCGUUUUAGUUUGUUGACAGUCACUAUGACAUUAGCUCGAGACAGGGCUGUAACCACCGGGCGACGCCCAAAUAUUUUAUACCAUUAAGCGCAUUUAUAGCAGACUUUGCGAGAAAGUACACUCAAAUUACGAUAUAGGACUUUAUUCGUCUACCCCUACCAUUCCAAAUUUAGGAGUUUAAAUUUCGCCAAGUUUAUACCAUAAGGCAGUGUUGAGAGGCCCACUGGUGUGGCAAAUCUUCAACUCUUAAAUCUGUGAGGAGCAUAAAGUAGGUGGAAUGUGCGUUGAAAAUUUAGCAGAACACUUGCAUUUGAUAUUCGCUUGUUACUUUCCUUUUGCUUGAUAGUAUGCGCUGCGCGUAAACGAGGGGGAGGGUUAAAUUACAACCCGGUUUUCGGAGAAUUCCGCCUAAAUGAGGCACAUAGUAUUUGCAUUUAUUUUACGACCACCGAAGAAAGCCUACCCCCGCCAUGCGCAAGAUGUAAAAAUAAACCGUUGGACGAAAGACUACUUAUCUUAAUUAUGUGCUUUUCUUAAUUGAUCGGGGGUCACAAACGGUUCAAAGCAUUACAUAAUUCUAAUUGCCUUAAGGCAUUAAGAGCAUAAGUCUUAAAUAAAGUUCUUGCUAUUGAAAACAAAAUGUGGUUUGGAUUAAUAGCUGGUGUAAAUAAAAUAAAGUCUUCAUUUGGCAUUUUCUUAAUUGUUCUACAUACUUUUUUUUAGUUUUAUACACAUUGCAAUACCAUAACAAUACGCGCUGACCGCAAAUAUACAUAAUGAUUCGAUUAGAAUCUUGUCAAAACCUUGUCUUUAUUCUUUGUAUUGCAGCUCAGAGUUCGAGGAAUGGUACAGGGCGUUACGGUCAAAAUCGGCCGACUUCAACAGCAUGGACUGGUCAGCAUUCAGAUGCAAUGAAAAGACAAAAGAGCCGUAG